AUGACCUUACGUACCCCACGACGUCGCAUCUCGCCACGCACCAAGCGCAGAUAUCGGGCCAUAAGGGAAUUCUUCCGCAGAGCGCUAGGUAGCUCAUCGCAACCGGAUAUUAAAAUAAGUUCCAGUAUAGCUUUAAAUGUUACUGAUCUUAAACGUAAGAUAGUUGGUCUCGAACAACAGCUGGACGAGGUAAACCGACAUUGUAAAGAUAUCACGUGCUUUGAUUGCUCUAGGAGAGAGUCCGAAAGCUGCCUUAGGUCGGAAGCGAGGAACAUUAGGGAGUCGGAGAGCUCCAACCCAUCAGAGGGGAAACACUUGAGAGAGUUGGAUAGUUGCAACCCCUCUGAGGAGAAGUUCGUGAGAAAUUCAAACAGCUACAUUUUAGCAGACGCAAAGAAUGAGAUAGAUACAAUCGAGGAACAGACUGAAACAUCUUACGAGAAAAAGUUGAAUGGCACCGAAACAAAAUUUUUAUACAAAUCUUCUGAUGGUAAUUACAUAAAAUCUGAAGAGAGCGAAAACGUCUGCAACAUUCAAGAUGCAAUCGACGCAAAACAAACCCAGGAUUUGCUUGAUGAGUACGGACGACAUAUCACAAAAGUAAAAAAUAAAAAGAGUAAACUGAAUAGAAGUAAUGAUCACAGCGCCAAAUUACAUAAACACAAAGCGAGAUCAGUUUACGAUAAUAUUGCUUCAGCUAAUUCUACCUGUAGUUUUCGUUCACUUACAGAACCACGGAUGGUCCGCUCUAGUAGCCCUGGUUACUCAGGUCGUCAUAAAGACAGAAAUUAUUCACUGGAAUAUGCGGAGGCUGCACCUUCGCGUACCCAUAAAGAUAAGAAAUACAGAGAGCAUAUGAAAAGGAAUAAGAUUGAAUUACAAAAAGAUUAUUACGAGCAGCGGCCUCUCAAGGCCCGUAAAAACAAAAACCAAAAUCGAGAACUAGAUCAAGAUUUUAUAGCUGAUAUAAUUCGAAGACAAUAUAAGCCGGUGAAAAUGUUUGACAGAAAACAAUCUGAUCUCAGUCAGAUCUCAGCACCUGUUUGUCGGGAUCAGGAAUUUCCAUCCAUCCGUGAAGAUAUACAGGAGGGUACCGAAUUAUGUUCAUGCUGUUACGAUGUAACUAAGCACAGGACAAAAUACAGUGACCUUAGCGAAAUGAGAAGCAUAUGUGACACUCGUCUGUACAGUUCCAAGCGACACAGCCGAGGUAAGCGUCGCAGAAUACCCAUAGAGGUUUAUGAUAAUUCUGACCUUUACGAUCUGAUUCCCGUCAAAGAAAAAUCUAGUCCAAAGACACGAAGAAAAUUUGUGGAGGAUACUAUGAUACCUUAUGAAUAUUACAGGGAAGUGCCUCCAUCACCAAGAACAUUAAGGCCAAAGCUUAAUCUUAAAGCACAGUAUAACACAGAAUUUGAAGAUUAUAUGAAACACGCUGUCAGAAAAGCUUCACCCCAUAAGCAAAGACGACGCCGCGAGCGCCUGGACGUUGAAAGUGAUAUAACAUCAGUAGCUGAUCCGAAAUUAAAUAAAAGACAAUUACUCAAGACGCACAAAAAUAUGACGUGUCAGGUUGAAGAUGAAGAUUUAUGCCAACGCCAACAAGAUAACGCCACUGCAAUUAGUUUACAGUAUCCAUCGUAUACGAACGACCAAGUUAAUGCUACAAUAGAAACAACGUUUAAUAAAACGGAAGAAAUAGAAAUGCCUGUUGAUAAAACUGAUAAAGCGUUGUGUGAAAUAAAAGAUAUCCUACAAAACUUUCUACACGAAAUAAAGAAGGAAACUACAGCCUCACAAUGUGAUAAAUCCGAAAUCUCCUCAAAAGACGAAACUGUUGAAAAUAAUAAUAUAAACGAAAAUAGUACUAAGAUUACUGGCAGCAGGAUGCCUAACAGUAGACACAGCAUUAGUUACAACGUAGGUUGCAAUCCGUCUCCGUAUAUGACACCAUUUCAAAACCCGUGCUGUUAUCCAAUGAUGCCUGUGUGCCCCGUAAACUACCCCAUUUCCAUGCAGAGCGGCUUCAUGAUUCCCAGUCAAAGUUAUACAUGUACAAACUGCGUUAAUGCGCCAAAAGAGCCAGUUCAUACUGAUCAUUGUUGUAAUAAAAACGCGACCACAACCGGUACUUGUAACACUGAAACUUGUCACACAGAAACUGAGAAACUUAUUAAAGAAAUUUAUAAAUUCGUAGCACAAAGCCCUAAUAAGACAAAAGAAAGUAGUGUUUCUGAUCGGAACGAAGCUCGAAAUGUUGGAACCAAAAUGUUGACGUCAAGGAGCGUUGGUGAAAGUUCCAAAAUGUCUAAACAUGAUGCCAAAGUGGGAACAGCGCCACUGAGAUGUUAUUCCAAGAGUUGUGAAGCAAUUGGUUCCAGAAACGAUUCCGAAGACUACAGUAGUCAAACUAACCCUACCUAUUCAGAUACUGUAUUAGAAAAAAUCAGUUUGGAAGUGACACAAUCUACAAUUGAAUCCGAAAUGGAGGAUAUUAUUGCUUCUGAAGGAAAGGAUAAAAGAAAUAAAUUCUCUAAAGUCCUACGAUCCUUUGGUAUGUUUAAAAAGAAGAAGAAAGAUGUUAUUGAAGAAGUUAGCGAAAGUGGAAGUGUAAUAGACGUACCAGUAAAACCAAUUUCACAGAGAGCACCAUAUCAACAAGAAAUAACAAACUAUAUGAUGCAUGAACCUGAGUACUACCACCCACCGCCUCUGACGUCAUAUUACCAAAGACCUCAUGAGUAUCACCCAGAUUAUAAUCCACCGUAUAAUCCAGGGUUACCAGAAUACCAGCCACCACCACCAAUUCACGAUUACUAUGGGCCUAGAAUGCCUUAUCCAGGAACGGCAGAACAAGCCAGCGCACCACCUCUACAUCCGAAGGAACGACCUACAGCUCCUCCGUACCUCAGCAGUUACGAUAGUCCAUACAAACCUAUGCAACAGCCGCAGGUGCCGCUCUGUUUGAAGGAAAUAGAAGUGAAAAGUAUUGGAACACAAAGUGAAAGAAAGAUGUCAAUAUUCCGGAAAAUCAAGAAAAAGAUGCAACCGCUACAACCUCUAUCACACACACCACCAAUACCACAAUCAUCAGACGAUGAUAACUACCAGAAGACUUGCUCGACGCAGACACAGGUCGCUGAGGCUAAGUUUGCGCCAGUAACCAAGCCUUUCUUUAACUGGAAGAAACUACAAUCCAAAGCUAUGAUGGGAAAUGGAUCAGUAGAUGUUGAUCCUAUGAAAAAAUUCACUGCGAUUGCCCAGAAAGAAUUGGCUGAAAAUGAUCUCAAAAUAAGGAGAGCGAUGAUGAAGAAAUUAUUUAAUAAAAGGAAUCCUUUCUCUUCGAAGAACCUCGUGAUGCAGACGUUAUUAGGAAAAGACAAACCACAUUACAUUGAGCCCCCUGUCAUGUUUAAACCGAAGCUGUUCCUUUAA